AGAGUGCUUGACCUCUACCCGUCCGACAGGGGUCUUCGAUGUGGGUCCAGGCCUUUUCGAACGCGACAGAUUUCCAAAAAUCCCCAAAGGUGGUUCCUAGAGGCCCAUAGCUCUCCUAUCGCAGUUGUGUCCUCGUUAGCCCAGGGAGCUCCUUUUACGACGCAAUUCCCAACAACCCACGCCGGCUGUUCUCCCCGCCCGCCCCUUCUCCUCCUCAACCACGACGGUCCCGACAUUCGAAUCGACCGAACCCUUUCUCAACUUGUCUUCGAAUCUGAUACGGAAAUCUGCGAAUUAGCUAUGGCGCCGACGACAUCAUUGCUGCGCUACCUGUGCGGUCUUGUGCUACUCGCUUGCUGCGCCCAGGCGCUCAGGUUCGAUCUGCAUGCUACGAGCACCCACGAGGGCAAGAAGGAGCGAUGCAUUCGCAAUUUCGUCGCUAGGGACACCUUGGUCGUCGUCACGGCUAUUGUGGAUGGUUCAAAGGGUGACGGCAUGACUGUCAACAUGCACAUCAAGGAUGCUGUUGGCAACGACUACGGAAAGCCCAAGGACAUUGCAGGCGGCGAGAAGCGUGUCGUCUUCACCUCUCACGCAGACGCUGCCUUCGACGUUUGCUUCGAGAACAUCCUCUCUGGCUCCGGCCGCAGCGGCGCAACGAGUCGCCACAUUGAGCUCGACAUCGACAUUGGCGCCGACGCAAAGGACUGGAACGCCAUCCAGGCGACGGAGAAGCUCAAGCCCGUCGAGGCGGAGCUCAGGCGCAUCGACGAGCUCGUCAGCGAGAUCAACACCGAGAUGGACUACCUGCGCGCCCGCGAGCACAAGCUGCGCGACACCAACGAGAGCACAAACACCCGCGUCAAGUGGUUCGGGAUCGGCACGACGCUCAUCCUCGUCGGACUGUGGGGUUGGCAGAUUAUGUACCUGCGGGCAUACUUCAGAUCCAAGCACCUGAUUUAA